AUGUGGCACGCGGUGGUGCUUAUACUUUUAGUUCGCGCUGUUAGCGCGGAAGAAAUAAUUGAACUUCCUGGAACGGAGCAUCUGAAAAUAAACUUCAAGCAUUAUUCAGGAUAUUUUCAAGUUUCAGACAAUCACUAUUUGCAUUACUGGUUUGUGGAAUCACAGAAUGAUGCAGCAACGGAUCCGUUGAUUUUUUGGUUCAAUGGAGGCCCUGGCUGUUCAUCAUUAGAUGGCCUAUUAAAUGAAAUGGGACCAUAUCUUGUCAGUGAUGAUGGAAUGACACUUCAUCAUAAUCCUUAUUCAUGGAAUCAGAUGGCUUCCAUAGUUUACCUAGAAUCACCUGCCGGAGUUGGCUAUUCAUAUUCUUCUGAUGGGAAUAUUCAAACAGAUGAUAAUAAAACAGCCAGGGAGAAUUAUAUGGCAAUCAAAGAAUUUUUCACAACGUUCCCAAAUUUCCGCAAUCAUUCGGUUUAUAUUAUGGGAGAAAGUUACGGCGGCAUUUAUGUACCAACGCUAACUGUCCUCAUUAUCCGCGGCUAUAAAGAAUUCCCGAUAAAUCUUAUGGGUAUCGCACUUGGAAAUGGCUAUGUAAAUGAAGCACUAAAUAUUGAUACGUCGGUGUUUUUCGCUUAUAGUCAUGGACUUAUUGAUGAGAAAACAUGGAAUACGCUUCAAAAUGAAUGUUGUCAAGGAUGUGUUGAAAAAAUUUUUCAAUUUAUUUGGUUCGGUGGAUUAAAUCCGUAUGAUUUGUAUCGUAAUUGUGAUUCAAAUACUAAGCUAAACAAAGCACGAAUGCGUGUUAUGAAAUUUGGCCUCACUGCUUCAUCUUUUGAUAUAUUUAAAACUGAUAAUCCAAAGAUAAAGAGAAAACCGUCUGGAUCUGUUUUGACCAGUUUGAGACAGAUCGCUCCACUCACUGGAAAUGUACCCUGUUUGAAUGACUCAGCACUGAUCCAAUAUAUGAAUAAUGCUAAAGUUCGCCGUGCGUUACACAUUCCAGAGAAUUUAUCUGCAUGGGAUGUGUGUAACGAUGAGAUCACAACGAACUAUGAUAAAAUAUACAAGGAUAUGGCACCUUUCAUAAAGGAAAUAAUCGGAGCAGGCGUUCGAGUGCUAUUGUAUUAUGGUGACACUGAUAUGGCAUGCAAUUUUAUUAUGGGACAACAAUUUUCCGCUUCGCUCAAAUUACAGAAGAAAAAAAGUAAACAACCAUGGAUGUUUAAUUCUCAGAUAGCUGGUUUCAAAACUGUCUACAAAGGUGUUACAUUCCUAACUGUUCGCGGUGCAGGACAUAUGGCACCACAGUGGCGUGCACCACAAAUGCAAUAUGUCAUCCAGCAAUUCAUCAGCAAUCAACCCUUCUAG